CACACGACGGCGUCACAUCUGGUGCGUGCAGAAGUCAUUUUGGGAAUGCGGUAUCAGGAAAAAGCAGCGGUAUUCACUUAUAGCUUUGUAAUCGACAGGCUUAAUGCGUUUAUAUAGUCAUGAAUGGGGCAAUUAUGCCUUCGACCUUAAGGUGAUACACUUAAAAAUGCCCUAUGUGUAUCGCACUGUGUUAGAAGAUGGCGGAGUCGGAUGGUGGGGAUGUCGCCUCGAAUCGUCCGCAGAACAGUAUGGCUAACAAGAAUGGCACACUGCGUUGCACAUUCUCAGCCCCGAGCCAUAGUGCUACUUUGCUGCAGGGUUUGUCCGUCUUGCGGGACCAAGGGCAGCUUCUGGACGUAGUGUUGGCUAUCAACGAGGAGCGUUUCCAAGUCCACAAGGCAGUGCUGGCAUCCUGCAGUGACUACUUCAGAGCUAUGUUCACAGGAGGUAUGAGGGAGUCAAACCAGGACACCAUUGAGCUGAAAGGCUUGUCAGCUCGAGGGCUGAAACACAUAAUUGAUUUUGCUUACAGUGCAGAGGUCAUUUUAGAUCUGGACUGCAUUCAGGAUGUUCUAGGGGCAGCGGUUUUCCUCCAGAUGGUCCCAGUAGUGGAGCUCUGUGAGGAGUUUCUCAAGUCAGCCAUGAGUGUGGAAACCUGCUUGAACAUUGGCCAAAUGGCCACUACCUUCAACCUCUCCUCUCUCAAGGAGUCUGUGGACACCUUCACAUUCCGGCACUUUCUACAGAUCGCAGAGGAGGACGACUUCCUCCACAUCCCAAUGGAGCGCCUGGUUUUCUUCCUGCAGAGCAACAAGCUGAAGAACUGUGGCGAGAUCGACCUUUUCCACGCCGCCAUCCGUUGGCUGCAGCACGACGACGCCCGUCGAGCCAAAGCCAAUCAGGUGCUCUGCCAUGUGCGCUUCCCCCUCAUGCGCUCCUCAGAGCUGGUGGACAGCGUCCAGACAGUAGACAUCAUGGUGGAGGAUGUGCUAUGCAGACAGUAUCUCCUGGAGGCCUUCAACUAUCAGAUCCUCCCCUUCCGUCAGCAUGAGAUGCAGUCUGCACGAACCCUGAUCCGCUCCGACGUCAUGUCGCUGAUCACCUUCGGAGGCACGCCCUACACGGACAACGACCGCACUGUGAGCAGCAAGGUGUACUACCUACCAGAAAUCUCCUCCCGACAGUUCAAAGAGUUGGCAGAAAUGGAGACGGGAUGCAGCCAUGCUUGCGUCUCGGUGCUUGACAACUUUGUCUACGUGGUCGGCGGUCAGCACUUGCAGUACCGUAGCGGGGAAGGUGCGGUGGACAUCUGCUUCCGCUAUGACCCGCACCUCAGCCAAUGGCUGCGCAUCCAGCCCAUGCAAGAGGGACGGAUCCAGUUCCAGCUCAAUAUGCUGCAGGGACGACUCUACGCCACUGGGGGGCGCAAUCGAUCCGGCAGCCUGUCUUCCGUCGAAUGCUACUGCCCCAAGAAGAACGAGUGGACUUACGUAGAGCCACUGAAACGCAGAAUUUGGGGCCAUGCUGGAACUUCCUGUGGAGAGAGGCUCUACAUCUCAGGGGGCUAUGGUGUGUCGGUGGAUGAUAAGAAAACAUUGCAUUGUUACGACCCCGCGACCGACCAGUGGGACUUCAGAACCCCCAUGAACGAGCCGAGAGUGCUCCACGCCAUGAUAAGCGCCAAAGACCGCGUUUAUGCCUUGGGGGGUCGCAUGGAUCACGUUGACCGCUGCUUCGAUGUACUGGCAGUUGAGUAUUACAUUCCAGAGAAUGAUCAGUGGACUACAGUUAGCCCCAUGCGCGCAGGGCAAUCAGAAGCAGGCUGCUGCUUACUGGAUAAAAAAAUCUACAUUGUGGGAGGGUACAACUGGCACCUGAACAAUGUGACAAGCAUUGUGCAGGUUUACAACACAGAGACCGAUGAGUGGGAGAGGGAUCUGCAUUUCCCAGAGUCCUUUGCGGGGACUGCGUGUACACCAAUAAUACUACGACAAACCACCACCCAACGUUAAUCCUCAAGCACUUGGACCAUGACUGGAUAUUGUGCAUUCCUAGUGCUUACUGAUCCGUUGUUCAAUAGAAAUGUGGAACUCUACAUAUACUAUUGUAAUCUCUGUGGUAAUCCUGAUUUGAUGUGUGUGUGUUUGAAAGAAUGACUGCAAAUAGGAAGUAUGUUAUUUUGCUAUAUACACAUUCUGUUUUCAUUUCCUUUAGUUUGUGGUCCAUGUACAAUGUUAUCAUGAGCUGUUUUUAAGACCAGGACUUAUAUAAAUAUGAAUGUAGCCUUUAAACUGAGGUUGAGGUAUAGUCAAUCCUUAAAGAUUGAAGUGAGAAGGAGAGAGUGAAAUAUCAAAGGUUUUUGAGUUUCAGUGAGCCAUUAAGUACAAAGUUGUUUUCCAUGGUGAAAAAUAAUUUAUGACCACAAUGAUUGUAUAGGACCUGGAGCAUCUGGUUGCAUGCUUGUUUUUUUUCUCCGUGUUUUGAAAUGUUGUAUUUUAUGCUUUUACUCCAUGAAUGUCUCAAUACUAACCUGUCUGUCAACUUAUAUAUGCGUAACUCAGUGGAGGCCAACAACUGUUAAUUUAAAAUUUAAAAUGCACUUUUGCUAGACAGUUUAAAAAGAGAAGGGGGAUUGUGGAACAGAAACAUCCAAAUCAGCAUUUUUGCAACAUAACACAAGUUUUCCAUUGAUAUAAUUGUAAUAAAUACGUUCAUGGAUUUACAUACACAGAAAUACAACAUUUGAUUUGUCAUUGAGCUUUCUGUUCUUUUUACUUCACAUUGAAACGUAAUAGAAUAUUCAACCUUGGUGGCCAUUGAAAAUACAAUUUAUCUCCCAUGGCAGCUAAAUCCCUCCACUAAUCAUCCUUCAACCCGAGCAAUUAUUGUCCCUUACUUAAACACAAAUUUUGCUUAGUCAAAGACCGUGGAAACCAUUUGGGUGACGGUUUGGGUUGUUCUUGUCUUUCUUGUACAUGUAGCUCAACUGGAAAUGUGUUUGGAUCGCAAGUUUUAGAAAGUAUGUUUUUUGUAUCAUAAAUUUGGAGGCUGAAAAGGUAAGACAUGUAAGAGGAGUGUGGGAGAGAAGGGAAAUCAACUCUUAUUUAAGUUCCUUUUCCCCCACUAGAACGAUAAGUGAAUGUUUUCACAAAUGUAUCUCUCAGUACAGUGAGACAUUAAAAUAUACUUGAGGUUACUAUUUUACAGUACAAAUCCAAGCUAAGAAUACAGGUUUUGAUUUUAAGUACACGACAAUUAACUGACUACCUACAUGUGCACCUGUUGAACAAAUGUCACCUGUUUGCCUUAGUGUAAGUGUUUUUGUGAAAUGUUGUCUUUCCAAAUCAGAAGCACAAUGUCAAUUGAUAAUGUGGGGCAUUAUCAAUUGAAUCCACUGUCAUCAAAUGGGGAAUGUAGACUUUUGUGUACCUGUAUGUCUAACUUGAAUUA